GACCUGCUCCUCCACUGUCCGUGUCAUUUUAACGAUGUGUUUGUGUCCCCCUCUCGUCUGCAGCAAAGCACCAUCGUCUGUCACAACCGGGUUGACCCCAAUGGCUCCCGCUACCUGCUGGGGGACAUGGAGGGGAGGCUGUUUAUGCUGCUGCUGGAGAAGGAAGAGCUGAUGGACGGCACAGUGGCACUCAAAGACCUGCAUGUGGAGCUGCUCGGAGAGUCAUCCAUCGCUGAGUGUUUGACCUACUUGGACAACGGUGUGGUCUUUGUGGGCUCCAGACUGGGCGAUUCCCAGUUGGUGAAGCUCAACGUGGACAGCAAUGAGCAGGGCUCCUAUGUGGGGGUGAUGGAGACGUUCACCAAUCUGGGGCCCAUCGUGGACAUGUGUGUGGUGGACCUGGAGAGACAGGGCCAAGGCCAGGAGUACAAGAGGAAGCAGAUCGAGGAGCAGCGUCAGGCGGAGCGCCUGCAGAGGCAGCUGCAGCAGGAGCGAGCGUACCUGGUGUCUCUGCAGCAGCAGCAGGAACCCCCCCGGCCCCCCCAGGACAAGAAAUAUAUAGGAAGUUGGAUCUCUUCUACGGAGAGCACCAAUGGACGUUACCUCCUCCAGCCGCCGCCUUUGCUCCUUCUGCUCCUCGAUGCGUUUCUGCCUCUCGGCCAACAGUUGACGCUUGUGCUCCUCGUUCUGCUGCUGCUCCUGCUGCUGCCGCCGGAUCAGCUCCGAGCGCUCCUUGUUGGCGAGCUGCAGGCGCAGGAAGUCCCGCCGCAGCGUGGACUCGCCAGGGAUGUUGAUGAUGGAACUGCAGGAGGAGGGAGUGAAAAACACACAGUUCAGGUUAACAUGCUCGUGUCCUGCAGCAGCAGUGAGGGUUUAUGGCCGCUCCGCUCCGAGGCAGGCAAAGAGACAGAUGACAUGCUGGUGCUGUCUUUCGUUGGUCAGACGCGAGUGUUGAUGCUGAGCGGCGAGGAAGUCGAGGAGACAGAACUUCCCGGCUUUGUGGACAACCAGCAGACAUUUUUCUGCGGCAACGUGGCACAUCAACAACUCAUUCAAAUCACAUCAGGCUCAGUGCGCCUGGUGCUCCAGGAGAGCAAGGCAUUAGUGAGCGAAUGGAAGGAGCCACAGGGCAGGAACAUCAGCGUGGCUGCCUGCAACCACACCCAGGUGGUGCUUGCCGUGGGAAGAGCCCUCUACUACCUGCAGAUCCUGGCUGGAGAGCUCAAACAGAUCAGUACCAUGGAGAUGGAGCACGAGGUGGCCUGCCUGGACAUCACGCCUCUGGGGGAGGGUGGCGGUGAGUCGCCGCUCUGCGCUGUGGGACUGUGGACCGACAUCUCAGCCCGGGUCCUCAAACUGCCCUGCUUCACUGCCCUGCACAAGGAAAUGCUGGGCGGAGAAAUCAUCCCUCGCUCAAUCCUAAUGACCACCUUCGAGGGCAGCUACUACCUGCUGUGUGCGCUGGGAGACGGGGCGCUCUUCUACUUUGGCCUGGACCUGCAGACUGGCGCCCUGAGCGAGCGUAAAAAGGUAACGCUUGGCACCCAGCCCACUGUGCUGAGGACCUUCAGAUCCCUGUCCACUUCCAACGUGUUCGCCUGCUCCGACAGACCCACCGUCAUCUACUCCUCCAACCACAAGCUGGUGUUCUCCAACGUCAACCUCAAGGAGGUCAACUACAUGUGCCCGCUCAACUCUGAGGGCUACCCCGACAGUCUGGCUCUGGCCAACAACAGCACUCUGACCAUCGGCACCAUCGACGAGAUUCAGAAACUCCAUAUUCGCACCGUUCCCCUCUACGAGUCCCCCAGGCGGAUCUGUUACCAGGAGGUCUCGCAGUGUUUUGGUGUUUUAUCCAGCAGGGUGGAGAUUCAGGAUGUGAGCGGCACCACAUCUGCCGUGCGCCCCAGCGCCAGCACCCAGGCUCUCUCCAGCAGCGUGAGUUCCAGCAAACUCUUUCCCAGCAGCACUUCUCCCCACGAGACCUCCUUUGGUGAAGAGGUGGAGGUUCACAGUCUGCUGGUGGUGGAUCAGCACACCUUUGAAGUCCUCCAUGCCCAUCAGUUCCUCCCCAGCGAGUAUGCCCUCAGCAUGGUGUCAUGUCGUCUGGGAAAAGACCCGUCAGUGUAUUUUAUCGUCGGCACCGCCAUGGUGUACCCAGAGGAGGCUGAGCCCAAGCAGGGCCGCAUCAUUGUCUUCCACUACACCGACGGUAAGCUGCAAACUGUGGCUGAGAAGGAGGUGAAAGGAGCUGUCUAUUCUAUGGUGGAGUUCAAUGGCAAACUGUUGGCCAGCAUCAAUAGCACAGUCCGUCUGUACGAGUGGACGGCUGAGAAGGAGCUGAGGACCGAGUGCAACCACUACAACAACAUCAUGGCUCUUUACCUGAAGACCAAAGGAGACUUCAUCCUGGUGGGAGACCUGAUGAGGUCCGUCCUGCUGCUGGCCUACAAACCCAUGGAGGGCAACUUUGAAGAGAUUGCACGUGACUUUAAUCCUAAUUGGAUGAGUGCUGUGGAAAUCCUGGAUGACGACAACUUCCUUGGGGCAGAGAACGCCUUCAAUCUGUUUGUCUGCCAGAAGGACAGUGCGGCCACCACAGACGAGGAGCGGCAGCACCUGCAGGAGGUGGGGGUCUUCCACCUCGGGGAGUUUGUAAAUGUCUUCUGCCACGGCUCGCUGGUGCUGCAGAACCUGGGCGAGAGCUCCACCCCCACCCAGGGCUCCGUGCUCUUCGGCACCGUUAACGGGAUGAUUGGUCUGGUGACGUCCCUGUCUGAGGGCUGGUACAGUCUCCUCCUGGACCUGCAGAACCGCCUCAACAAAGUCAUUAAGAGCGUGGGGAAGAUCGAGCACAGCUUCUGGAGGUCCUUCCACACAGAGCGCAAGACAGAGCAGGCCACGGGAUUCAUCGACGGAGAUCUGAUCGAGAGCUUCCUGGAUCUCGGUCGAGCCAAGAUGCAGGAGGUCGUCAGCACUCUGCAGAUCGAUGACGGCAGCGGCAUGAAGCGUGAGGCCACAGUGGACGAGGUCAUUAAGAUAGUGGAGGAGUUGACGAGGAUCCACUAACCACCCCCCACCCCCUCGCUGAGUGAGAGGAGAGUGCCCGAGGUAGAGCAAUGGUAAAAAAGCCCAGGAACGGUUUGGGUUUUGCAGAUUUGUAAAUAGUUAUAAAUAAACAGUGCGUGCAUGUUCGUCCUUCAGACUUCAAUGAAUUGUAAAACCGGUAAGGCACUGAAGGUGCCGCACGUAGACAUCAAACCAGAGUUUCCCGGCGAAGUGCAUAGCAUCCUGUUUGGACGACAAUAAGACCAAAGUGAAGACAUUGGUCGAGUGUGUGUGCGUGUGCGUGUGUGUGUGUGUGUGUGUGCGCGUGUGCGUGUGUGCGUGCGUGUGUGUGCGUGUGUGGAGUAAUGUGUGAUUAUAAAUAGGAGAAAUCAGAGAUUUUCCUCACCAAAAACAUUCUCUGGGAUAUUUGUGACCAUAACAGAUCCUCUACCUAACCCCACAGUUAAAUCUGACUGGCUUUCACUUUUCAAGACAUAAUUAUAUUCUGGAGUUACCACGCUGUACGAAAAACAAAAUGAGGAAAAAGAUAGAUUUAUAGCUAUUUUGUCUCUGUGAUGUUUUUUUUGUUUAUUCUAAUAAACGUUGCUUUAGUACUGUU